AUAAGGUCAAAAGUCACCAUCGUACACUUGCAAUAACUUAGUGAAGGUACAAACGCGGGAACGAGUACACCUAAACAUCCGCCAUUUUUAAUUUUUGCGCGCCAAUUUUUUUUUUAAUUUCUGUAAAAUAACCGAGCUUUCGGAUUCUAAGUAAUUUUUUUAAUUUGCACCUAAAUAAAUAAUUGAGUAGGCACCUAGGUAAAGUGCAUAUUUUUUAAUUUUCACGUGGUUUUUUUUUAAAAAAGGGCUUUUAUACAGAUUAUUGAAAUAAAAGUGAAUUUAUUUGAAGACUUUAAAAAAUUAAAAAGUUUCAAAAUGAAAUACGCAGUCGGAGUUUUAGUGCUGCUAUCCGUCGCACGGCUGUCGUGGAGUCAGGGUGACGUGGAAGCCAUCAUCAGGAACGACUUCGACGGCCCACACGAUGACGGCUCUUACAAGUGGGCUAUACAGACAGAAGGUGGCAUCUACCACGAGCAACGUGGCUCGCUGCAGGCCAGAGCUGGUGCAGAUCCUAGCUUGCUGGUGGAGGGGCAAUACCAGUACACCGCUCCUGAUGGACAGAUAAUCAACCUCCUCUACACAGCAGACGAGUACGGCUUUCACCCAACCGGUGACCACUUACCAACUCCGCCGCCCAUCCCGCCUCAGAUACAACGUGCGCUCGACUACAUCGCUCGAAGGGCUCCACAUAACGAUAAUUUACUAUAAUCUAUCUAAUAAAUGACUAAAUAAAA